AUGAAGGGCGAGAAACAGUGUAGCCCCGAAAACCUGAACAAGCUUGAGCAGUCUUUGAGUAAACAAAAUCGUCUACGAGAAAGGGUAUGCAAGUCACGGGCAUACACAGACGAAGAACGAGCUGCGCUGGGAGUCAACAGCCAGGAUGCCUUCGAGCAGUUCUGGAGCAGCGCUCUGACCGCCAAGGCCAACUUCGACGCCCAGCACGAACAUGGACUGGGGCGAGUUUCCAAGGGCGCUACGAAUCUUGCGAGUUCAGCGUACGGAUUUUUGGAGUAUUUCCGUUCCAUGCUAGAGAUCAUCACAGACUUUAGCGCUCCCUAUGGUAGCAUGGCGAUUGGGACUCUCUGCUUUCUAUUUGCGGUAGCCAAAAACCGGACGAAGAUGGAAGGCGAGAUCAGCGCCACCCUUCAGCACAUCCGAGACCGAUUGCCCAGCGUUCAGAUGUACCAGCACAUCUACAUCUACAGUGGCGAGCUCGGCCAACAGUUGCAGACGAAGAUCGUGGAUGCCUAUAACAGUUUCAUUGAUUUCUGUAUCGCUGCGGUCAAUUUCUACAGUCGUCAUAGCUUUUAUCGAUGGAUUGCGGCCUUGCGAGGGACCGGUGAAGUGGGCACGCAAGCGGCACUCGUGCAGGACGCGAUGGUACAGGUCAGAUUCUUGUGCGAGGACUUGCUCAACCAGAACGUCAACGAUGUCAAAGACAACCUAAAAGAGGUGAAGACCAUUAACAUCGAACAACAGCGUCACAUACAUGAUCUCAAAGAGCAGCUGAGCGUAUUGCAAACCACUCAUGACUUCGAAACCCUUGAAAAGGUCCGAAAGCUACUCAGACUCGAGCCUUUCUCGGCCGAGGCCCACCUCAAGCAAUUGGACAUCCACCGAAGCAAUGUGCGGGACGAAUUCCGAAAGAAUUGGUACCCAAGUGAGACGUCGGAUGAGGAGUCAGAUGCUGUACUAAAGAACCCUUCAUACGAGGAAUGGCGCUGGUCGCCAUCCUCACAGCUUCUCAUCCUGUCUGGAAAGAAUUACAGCCGUCACACCACCCACUGCUGGGUGUCCCCAGUGGCGCUCGACCUGGCUGCAAACUUUACGGCGAGCAACGAUCCAAACACGGCCGCUUGCGUCUUUUACCUUCUUGGGCGUCGCAAGGAAGAAGAUACCUAUGCUCAUGUCAUGACCUUUUUGACUCAUCAGCUAUUAAGCGUCAACAAGGGGCCGUUGCAGGACAAACCUCAGUUCGAUGAGAUGUGGUCGGCGUUGAACUCAUACGAGGCCGCUGUAAGCUCCCCAAGCGGCGAUAGGCAUAAAAUCCGGGAAAAGCUCCGGGACGCAGCCCUGAGGGCUCUGAACAUGUUUGGAGCCGGCAAGACAGUCUGGAUCAUCCUUGACCGCGUGGAUCAAUGCCGGCCAGAGCCACACUUGAUAACACCAAGAAACUAUCCUGGCAGAGACAGCCGAGCUUUACUUGCAGCGCUGGUCUAUCUGGUGGAGCAGGCAACGGUCACCGUCAAAGUCCUUACGGUGGUGAAUAGGUUGGACUGGGCCGUCGAAGAGCAAUUGGACGAGUUCGGUCGGUCGAAGGAAGGGAGCAUGGUUCACCUUCCCUUGUUACAGUGCGGUCAGUCCCGUGAUUAG